AUGUCACGAAAGUCUCCAGCAGCAAUCUUUGGCAGUCAAAGUAUCGGUGCUGUCAUCAUCCCUGACGAGCUCCGAGAAUCUGUGCAGACCCUUAUCUCAGCAUCCGACAAGCACAUGCUUCAUGCCGAUGCUAAGCGUCUCUUCCUCGAAGAUGGUGUUGGGUGGGACGCCACCUACGAUAUCGAUUACAAGUCUCGAAAGCAGGCGGCUCGGCACUCGGAGCGAGAUGGAACUGCUUUCGUCUCAAUAGCACUCCCUGCUCACUACUCCGCAAUAUACUCUGUUCUUGAUCACACACGAAUAAGGCUAGGGCCUGAAUGGAACGUUGAUAUUGUAUUUGAUUGGGGUGCAGGGACCGGAACGUAUGUUUUCCAACAGAGUGGAUCGGAUGCACCCGAAUACGCACGGCUUAUCAACUCUACAAUUAAUAAAUACGUUGGCAUCGACAAACGUCAAGGUCUAGUCAGCAUCGGAAAGAGAGUAUUAGAAGCCGUCGAACAUGGCCAAUUAAACGCUCUCUGGCAGAAAGCGAUUCAUGACGAAGACAAGGUAGCGCGCGCCGACGGAGGCAAAACUCUGGCCCUCUCGGCGUUCCUACUUUCCUCCCUGUCUACCUCCCUUCAGAGAAAGGCAUUAGUCAAAGAGAUGUGGGAGAGUGGAGCCGAAGUCAUCGUUUUGAUCGAUCAUAGCACCCGUUCUGGUUUUUCAAAUAUCAUCGAGGCCAGGCAAUACCUUCUGAAUUUGGGAAGGCGCGAGGUUGAAGAUCUCAAAGCCGACGAUUCUCAAAUCAGAGGCUGUCAUGUUGUAGCACCGUGUCCGCACGAUGGUGCAUGCCCGCUGUAUCACUCAGAUUCCACUAGGCUAGUGUGCGGCUUUUCACAGAGAUUGCAAAGACCUCAAUUCGUGCGAAAGACCAAGCACUCUGGUACUGGCCACGAAGAUAUUGGAUACUCUUACGUGGUCAUCCGGCGAGGCCUCAGGCCACCCCGGCCGGAAAGUAAAGUGGGGAGAAUUGGAGAAAUCGGGAGUCGCGAAUUGGAGAAACUAGAAUCCAAGGCGCCCAUAGCGGAGCUGCAACUUCAUGAUGAAUCCUUCGAAACCUCCCCUCCAAUGUCCGAGAACUCCACGUCCACUAUUGCUCCGUCGGAAACCGCCGAUGUUGCUUAUGUAGACGCUCCGGCGAUUUACCAACAAGACGGUCGAAAAGACUUGGAAGAUGCUCUGAGAUUAGAAGCCUUCCAUUGGCCCCGCCUGAUUUUUCCUCCGCUAAAGCGGAGUGGCCAUAUAAUUCUAGACAGUUGCACUGCGGAAGGUAACAUCGCGCGCAUGACAGUCCCAAAAUCACAAGGCAAGCAGCCUUACUAUGACGCUCGCAAGUCUGAAUGGGGCGACAUCUUCCCGCAUGAGCCGAAAAAUCGCCCACAAAUUCGUCACCAACCUACAACGGCCAAACGUCAAGGAGGCAAGGCCCCUGCCACAGGGGCUGGCAUCGGAAAGCGCAGUUCAAAAUUGUCUGCUGACUCCUACUCCCACUUAACAAACGAGGUGACAUUAGAGAAGAAGAAGAUGCGAAGAGAGAGACGUCGUUCACAAAAGGCCGUUUGA